CUUGGCCCUUGGCCUCCUUUCGUCGAGAGAGAGAGAGCUGUGCUGGCUGCUGCUGCCCCGGGUCCGUCGGGACGGGUAGAUGAGGAGGAAGAGAACAGCUCGUGACUGACUGACUCCCUCCCUCAGCGUGAGUGGGUUGCGGACGACCACAUCCAUCCGUUCCCACCAUUCCCUUCUCCCACCUCGCCUCCUCCCCUUGCCCUUGCCCUUCCACAGCCGGAAUCAGGGGGUAAUGGGCCAGAUGGGAGGACCCGACGGCGACGGCGACGGCGGCGCGGGCCCGCACCACCAGUACCACUACCAGGCGCUUCUCGCCGCCGUGCAGAACCCCAGCCAGGGCCUGCACCCCUUUCCCCUCCCCUUCCACGUGCCUCUGCACGCAGGAGCGGGAGCACCCGCCGCCGGACCAGGACCUGGAGCUGAUGCUGAUGCCUCCACACACAAUGCCAAUGCCGCUCACCACUCUCAACCUCCAAGAGGUUUCACCGAUUGGAGCGCGUCCAACAGUGCCUUCGCCGCCGUUGCCUCACAGCCCGCACCUGCUACCACCAAUACACCCUUCCAUUACAACCUCUCCCAGUCUUAUGCCCUAUGGACCCAUUACAUGCUUAACAAGAAUGUAUCCUACUCUACUUACCCUACACCACAUGAGGAGCAUCCCCACCCAUUGCGCCAUACCCACAUCCAGGAGAAUCCCCACCCAUUGCGCCAUACCCACAUCCCGGAUAAGGAUUCAGGUUGUGCAUCUAGCCUUGGAUUUGACUCUUUCACUACAAUGUCCCUUGGACCAAAUAUUUGUUCCCACAUGACGCCCAUGGAAGGAUCUAUAUCUGCCAAAGAACCCGAGAAUUCAGAGGAUUUGCCUGCAAUAGUUAGGAGCAGUGAUGAAAUGGACACUAGAAACAGUGGCAAAGUUCAUCGUGACACAGUUGGCACUCUUCCUGAGUCGAAGCAGAGCCAUGAAAGUUGUGCUUCCGUGAAUAAUAAGUUCAACUCUGGAGAGUACCAAGUCAUUUUGCGCAAGGAGUUGACAAAGAGUGAUGUCGCAAAUUCCGGACGAAUUGUGCUUCCCAAGAAGGAUGCUGAGGCUGGUCUUCCACCAUUGGUGCAAGGGGAUCCUCUGAUACUGCAGAUGGAUGACAUGGUGCUUCCAAUUAUAUGGAAAUUUAAGUAUAGAUUUUGGCCAAACAACAAAAGCAGAAUGUAUAUCUUGGAAGCUGCAGGUGAAUUCGUGAAGACACAUGGCCUUCAGGCAGGGGAUGCGCUCAUUAUCUACAAAAACUCCGUGCCUGGCAAAUUUAUUAUCCGUGGGGAGAAGUCCAUUCAGCAGACAAACCCCUAGACACAAUUUGAUGUGACUGUGCACCAUCAGAUAUGGCGUCCGAGGAUACACCAUAUGUUCACGUUCCAGUUGUUAUCGACUUUUCUAAUGUCUCACCGUCACACUGAGAUAAGUCGAAAAAGGAGAUACACCGUGUGGAUGGAGAAAAGGAGAAGAAAUUUUGGGAGACAUUGGAAGUGCUGCCAGUGAGCCUACGUCUAAGCUCAGAACAAAUGGUUUAUGUUUUUUCCCCUAAUUCGGUCGUAUUUGGAUGCUUGAGUCCUGCAUUGCAUGAUGAAGAACAUUCUCAGUCUCUCUUUUUUUGUAAAUAUUUUAAUUCAGGAUCUAUAAGGUAAAGGAAGUGGUUUGGAAGC